AUGCACCAUUCGGCAAGACACAGAAGCAUCACCAUCACAGCAGCAUCACCAAUCGGCAGCUAUCCAUCAUCAUCGCUAGCAGCAUCACCAUCGUCAGAAGCAUCACCAAUCGCAAUCACCAUCGGCAGAAGCAUCACACGGCAGCAGCAUCCACCAUUCGGCAGAACAUCACCAUCGGCAGCAGCAUCACCAUCGCAACAACAUCGCCAUCGGCAGAAGCAUCUAGUACGGGAACCAGCACAUCCAGAAGCAUCACCUCGGCAGGCAGAAGCAUCACCAUCGCAUCGCAAGCAUCACCCUCGCAUCAUCAUCAUCGCCCAGCAGCAUCACCAUCGGCAGCAGCAGCACCACGGACGCAGGCAUACACCAUCGGCAGAAGCAUCACAUCGGCAUCGGAGCAGCAUCAUCGCAGAAGCAUUCACCAUCGCAGAAGCAUCACCAUCGCAGCAGCAUCACAUCCGGCAUCACAUCGCCAUCGGCAGAGCAUCAGUAUCAGACAGCAUCACCAUCGCAGCAGCAUCACAUCGCAGCAACAUCACCAUCCCAGCAGCCAUCACCAUGCGCAGCAACAUCACCCAUCGCAGCAUGCACCAUCGUCAGAACAUCACCAUCCGCAUGAGCAUCACCAUCGGCAGCAGCCAUCACCAUGGGCAAAGCAUCACCAUCGGCAACAGCAUCAUCCAUCGCAACAGCAUCACCAUUCAGUGCCAUGCAGAAGCUAUCAACACAUCGCAGAAGCAUCACCAUCAGCAUCUCAUCGCGCAGCAUCAGCAGCAGCAUCACCAUCGGCAGCAGCAUCAAGCAUCACCAUCGCAGAGGCAGCAUCACCACUCCAAGCAUCAACCAUCGCAGCAUCUCAUCGGCAGCAGCAUCACCCUCGCAGAAGCAUCACCAUCGCAGCAUCAGCACACAUCAGCCAUCACCAUCGGGCAGCAGCAUCACCAUCGUCGAAUCACCAUCGCAGCAGCAUCACCAUCAGAAGCUCACCAUCGCAGCACAUCACCAUCGGGCAACAGAUCACCAUCGCAGCAGCAUCACCAUCGGCAGCAGCAGAGCAUCACCAUUCAGCAGCAAGCAAGCAUCGGCAGCAUCAUCAUCAUCGCAACAGCAUUCACCAUCGGCAAGAAGCAUCACCAUAGCAUCAUCAUCGGGAGCAGUAGUAUCAUCGCAGCAUCACCAUCGGGAGCAUCAGCAGCAUCACAUCACGAUCGUCAGCAGCAUCACCAUCGGCAGCCUCUCAUCGGCAACAGCAUCACCAUCGACAGAAGCAUCACCAUCAGGAAAUGCAUCACUAUCGGCAGCAGCAUCACUAUCGGCAGAAGCAUCACCCUUGGCAGAAGCAUCAUCAUCGGCAGGAGCACCUCCACUGCCUUUAGCAUAUCCUCCGGCAUCAUCAUCACCAUUGAGAGCAGCAUCUCCAAUUGCAUCAUUAUUACUACGGGUAGCAUCAUCUGCACCGGUAUCAUUACCAUCGGCAGCAGCAUCUCAACUGGUAUCAUCACCAUCGGCAGCAUCUCCGUCAACCGCAUCUACAUCUUUAACGGCUACAUCUCCAUUUGCGGAAGCAUCACCACCAGCAACAUUAUCAUCACCUCUGCUACAAGCCGCAUCGUUACUGGAGGUAGAAACAGUCCAGUAGCAGCAGUAGCUCCUUCCGCGUGUCAUUGGCAACACGACCUUGUGGGUGGCGUCUGGCGAGCUGGGACAACUGCCUUAAG